AUGUGGAAGGGCGGCUGUGGGCGGUGGCAACUGUGGUCAGAGCGCAAUGCAGCGGUGGUGCAGGCGAGUGACUUGGAGCGCCGGGUGGCAUCUGCGGAAGCGCAGUUGAAGGAGGUGACUCGCUCUCGCGACCACCUCUUCAUCACCAACCACGAGCUGAAUACGCGCUUGACAGCAGCAAUGACUGAAAACCGGCUCCUGCACCAGCGGGUGGAUCAGCUGCAGCGCACCAGCCGCCACUCCGCUGCCGCCUUCAGAGACAGGGAGGCCACCCUCAAGCAACACCUCGCGGAGCGCCAUGCUGAGCUGGCAGCCUCCCGCCAGCAGGCGGCUGCUGAGCUGGCACAAGUGACGUCCAGGCUGGAAGCCAAAGUGGGUGAUGGCAAUGGUGUGGAGGGUGUUGGUGACGUGGACGCCCCUGUUGCAGCAAUGGUGCGUGCAGAGGAGGAAGAAGCUGCUGCAGUCAGUGCUGAUGCCGAAUCAGUUGCUGCUGGGGCGGCUGCAGGGCCAACUGUUGGUGCAGAGGGUUCUGCUCUUGGAACGCCAAACGAAGCUGCUGGAUCGCUGAACAAGCCUCUUGGAUCGCCGAACGAGAAUGACUUGAAGGUGUAUGCACGGGCCAUCUUCCCUGCAUAUGUGGCACCUGACGCCUCCAUUAUGGAGCAGAGCCGAGGGGUGACAGCCAUGGUGCAGGUACGGGAACUUGUGGUAUGGUGA